GUGUGUGUAUGUGUGUGUGUGUAUUCAAAUUAAACUAAAUAUUUGAAAAUAAAUUGGAAUCAUAUUAGGAUUAUUGGCUAAAAUUUAUUCGCUUUUUCUGUCUUUAUUAUUCAAGAAACUUCAAACUUAUUUUGUUAAAAAUCAUACUAUUGGCAGAAACAAACAAAUGCAAUAAGAUCGAAUUAUUAGCUACAGUCUUUUAAUUUAUUUCUACUUUAUAGAAGAAAAUCUAUACCACUUUUUAUAAAUUUGGUUUUGAAGACAAAAUUCAAUCAUGGCAUUAGUAAUGGCUACACAGAUAGAGUCUAAAUACUCCAUGUUUAAAACAUAUAUUUUUUUCUUUCUUCUAAUUACUUUUUUUUUCAGGGCAAUGUUUUUCUGUCUAACUCUGGAUGUCCUGCACCUCAUUCUGUAGACCAGGCUAGACUUGAAUCUGUCUCUGCCUCAUGAUAACAGGGAUUCUAUGCUUUCUUAAAUAGGGACCUAACAAUACUAUUUUUGCCAUAAGGUCAAUAGUAGGUUGCACACACGUUUCUGCUGUUAGAAAAGAAUACUUAAAACCAGGGCUUCCAGCCACACAUCUUACCCAAAUACUGCAUUUCUUUGUAGUGGAAAAAUAUCAGGAUCUCUGUAGACCUGAAUUUCCUAAGACAGGACAUUUUGCAAGUUUCCUUAGCUAAUGACAAAUAUGAUAGUGGUAAGAUAUGUACCCCUCACACUUUUUUGAAUGUUCUAACAAAUCUAUCUAUGGUGUUGAUACAUAUACAUUCAUGAGUCUUUAAAACUCAUUUUUAAAAUAACUUCUCCCUUUCUCGGCACUUCCCGUUUUAGUUUAAGAUGUGAAUGAUUCUCAGCAAUAAUUACAAAGCAGUCUGAAGUAUCCCACUUUGAAAUCAAUCACUUAACACCUGUUCAAAAGUAAAUAAACAUUAAUUGACAGUUUUGUUAUUAUUCAAACACCAUCCCUUUAAUUAAUUCAAGAGUGAGAUUCUCAGUUCAGUUCUUCCUCCUUUCCACCCCAAGAGAAAGCAGCUUAAAAAUAAGAGCUUCUAAUAGCAAUGUAGGGUCUUCUCCCUUUGAUAUUAAUGUUUACUCUGUACUUUACAGAUUUAUAUAAAGUUGUAUGACAGGCUAUCAUUUCUGAUACUCUCUUGUUUUUUUUUCAUGCAGGAAAAGAAGAAAGUGUUUCUUUCAUUUGCUGUUCUAGAAAGCAGCAAGACAAUUAACACUCUCCUCUGACUUGUGAGGAUGAGAAAAACUCACUCAGGCUGCCAGAUGGUGUUGGUGGUUCUGAGACUGGAGGAUAAUAUAAAUGUUCCAUCACAGUAGGAUCCACUAUCCAUCGAUCAAAGGUCGAAAAAAGCUGCACAGCAGGGACUCAUGUUGCUGAGCAGGGUUUCUACCUGAAAUCAGUUUCUAUUAUUUUGUUUGAAAGUGGUAGGAAUAAUAAAAUAUACAUAUAAUUCUACAUUUUUUUUCAUUUUUUGUGCUGUUACCUUGACACACUUCAUUAGGAUAUUUUACAUAUGUUAAAAGUACAACUCUUUUUAUGUCAAAAAAAAAUUUGGGGUAAAUAUUUGUGAGUGAUGAAGCACAUGUGUAUAUUUGUGUGUGGGCUUGUGUAUGUGUGUGUGUGUGUCUGUGUGUGUGUGUGUCUGUGUGUGUGUAUUCAUAUCUAUUUAUGUUCUUUGAAGGCCAGAGGACAACCUCAAGUGUAUGAGGCAAGAUAGCUCACAUUGUUUUUCCUUUUAUAAAUUUUAUUGAUUUUUAAAAUUUUUAUAUAAUUACUUUUUAUUCUGUUUUAUUUUACUUUUUACACAUUCCAUAUUCCAUUCCCUGCCACCCCACAUCCACCCUCAGACUGCUCCAUAUCCCAUACCUCCUCCCUACCUCACCUGACCUCUAAACUCCCUGGGGCUUCCAGUCUCUUGAGGGUUAGGUGCAUCAUCUCUGAAUGAAUGCAGACCCAGCAGCCAUCUGCUUUAUGUGUGUUUGGGGGCCAGUGAGCCCAUAGAUGUACCUGCCUUUGCCUCUUUGGUGUUGUAAGUACCAGCACACUUGGAUUUUGACAUGAGUUCUGGAGAUCAAACUCAGGUUCUGAAGACUAAAAGAAAAGUGUUAUUGACCAAGUUUUCUCCCUAUCCUCAAAACAACUGUUUACUUCUAAAUCCCCCCAGCUUUUGUCUUACGUUGGUGCUAGCUUGUAAUCGUUCUUUUCUUGAGCUUUAAAUCGUAAAACCAUAUCCAGUUCUACCAUUUUGUUUUUUGCAAGGGUUCUCAAACUUCUUAAUGCUGUGAAAGUUUAAUACAUUUUCUCAUGUUGUAGUGACCCUGCAACCAUAUAUGUGUUUUCGUUGUUUUUUUCAUAACAGUAUUUUUGCUACUGAGAAGUGUUUCAGUUCCUAAGGCUAUCUGAAUUCUGUAUUUUCUGAUGGUCAUGACCAACAGUCUGGAAAACACUGGUUUCAUUCACAUUAUCUACUUAGAGCUCCAUAUUAAUUUCACGUAGUUAACUAAGCAAAAGUUGUCAAAUUAAGGUCUCAUAUCUGGCAAUUUGCAAAGGCAGAGCAUGGGUCUUAACUAUAAAUUCCCCCAUACUUACUAUUUUCAUGAACUUUCCCAGGUUGAAAAACUGCAAUUUCAAGGAAUAUUAUCUAAGAAUGAAAAGGGUGUGAGGGUUUCAGACCAUGAAACCAGAAGAAGUAGUUGGACCCUUUGUACGUAUAUUUGUAGAUAGUGUAAGACCUCAUAAAAAUGCAUGCUAUUGGAAUAGAGUUAUCUGAAAGACUAACCAGUGUUUUUAACACCUGAGCCAUUUUUUCAACCCUCAGUUUUGAUUUUUUAGUUAUAUAUACUACCUCGUGAGCCAGGUAAUGAAUGAAUUCAGGCCAUGAAUGUUUAUAUUAGCAUAGUAUUAUGUUGGAAGCUUUUAAGAGCAUGAACUUCUCAUGCUGAAGACCUGAUUUCACUUUCCUUUACCCAUGUUGGACAACUCUACAAUUGUCUGUAUUUCCAGAAGGAAAAUGACACCUUAGCCUUCUGCAGAUGUCUGUAUACACACACACACACACACACACACAAACACACACACACACACACACAGAGAGAGAGAGAGAGACAGACAGACAGACAGACAGACAGACACAGACAGACCCACAUGCAUAUACACACAUACACACUACAUCUUUUGAAAAACAAUAUGCUACAUUAUUCAAUACAUCUUCAUCCAAAAGAGGCUGAGAGCAGACUGACUUUCAGCCAGCCUGGAAGAGCGUCUCAAGGUCCACCUACCACAGUAACACACUUCCUCCAAUAAGGCCUCACAUUCUAAUACUGACAGUUCUUGGGCCAAGCAUUUUCAAAACCCCUCAAUAUGUUAAUUAAAAAAAAACAAUAUAAAUGCUCAUAAGUUCAUUAUUCAUGAUAGAGAAAAAUGGACCCCACACUCAUCGUCUUCCAAGUGAUGAACAUCAGGACAUAAUUUGUUAUAUACAUAAAACUGAAUCUUUCCUUACCAAUAAAAAUGAAUGAACCAUCUAUGCAUGUGUUACAUAAAUAUCACUUAAAGCCAUGCCAUAUGAAACAACUUGUCACAUAAGACUACAUAUUAUGUGAUUCUGUGUUUAUGAAAUGUCCAGAAUAGUUUAAGUUGCCAAAACAUGUGGCAAAAUUACAUUAAAGAAUGUCUAGCCCCUGGUAAGAGAGAUUUUGUUUCUUAGAAGUAUAGGUAUGAGUCAGGGUGAUGUAAUGUUCUAAAAUUGGACUGUAAAAAUGGUUCCCUAAUUGUAAGUAUGUCAUAAUUGAAUAAUUGUACGAGUAUCACAGUUAGGUUUGCUAUUGCUCUGUUUAAACAAUGUGAUCAAAAUCAACAUGUGGUGGAAAGGGUUUAUUUGGCUUAUAUAUUCUGUGUCAUAUUUCACUGAAGGCAGCCAAGGCUGGAACUCUAACUGAUAAGAAAUAUGAAUGUAGGAGCUAAUGCAGACACCAGGGAGAAAUGUUUCUUAGGGGCUUGUUCCUUAUAGCUCAGUCAAGUUUAUACCUCAUAUCACCUAGAAUGAACAGCUGAGGGUAGCACCAUCCUCAAUGUGCUGGGAUCUCAUAUAUCAGACACUAAUUAAGAAAAUGCUCUACAACUGGACUGCCUACAGCUCUUUCCUACCGAAAUAUAUUCUCAAUUGAGGUUCCUUCCUAUCAGAUGACGAUAGCUUAUGCCAAGUUUACACAAAACUAGCCAGAAGAACAUAUUAAUGAGUAAAAGAGCUAGUAAGGGAAUCAUACCUGAAAAAGUUGUAUUAAAAAAAAAUUCUGAGGGUCUGUGACUACAAAGAAUAUAAGUAGGUUGAUUUCAAACAAACACAAUGAAGUAUAUUUAGAGAAGUUUGAAGAAAAAUUUCCCUUUACUUUCAAAAUCUAUUAAAGAAAGUGGCACAUAUUACCUAUUUAGAACCUUUAUUGAUUCGACUGAAGGUUAAGAUGUUCUUGCUUAUAGAUCCUAAUUAACGAAUGAAAUCGAUUGACUGACAGUGUGUGUAUCUCUGAAGACCAUGGAGUCUUGCAUAGAAAUAAAACUUAGUUUGUAAAAGAGUAACGCUUGUUUCUAUAGCACUUUUUUGAAUAUUAGAAAUAUUGAAAAAAUUCUUUAGGAACUUUUUUGUUGUUGUUGUUUCAAUCCUUUCAAUCCUUACAAAGACUUCUUUAGUUCAUGUUCUUCUGGGCACAUGAGAACACAAGAAAAUAUAAUGCUAGUGUGUUAAGUUUUCCUGGUGAUUGUGUGAGACAGUGAAAAUAUCAACAACAGUUCUCAUUCUCUCUUCACCAGUUAUUCUAAUGGCAUUGCUCAUAAUGGGGACAAUUUGUCUCUUGGGUUUUAUUUAACAUAUUAUCUUUGUUUUGUACUUUUAUUUGGAUACUGCUUAUUACUUAAUUUUUCUAGUCAAAAUCUGGAGUUUCCACACAGAGAAUGCAUAUUAGAAUUUGAGACAUCAAUGGGACAGUAGGGGGCUGGGUAAUAAGUGAAGUUCAUGUUGAAAGAUGCUCAUUAAGGCACAUAGGUUCAUUCUUAACUGCAGUUUUACAGCUGUGCUUUUAUUGAUAUUGACUUUACAUUAACAAAGAAUUUAGUUAAGUGACUGUAGGGCAGUAAUUUUUUUUACAUCUCUCAUGUAGAUCUCAAGGCAAAGUGAAUUCAAGGUUACUCUUGUAAUAUCCUUGCUUCCUAUGAGUUGGAGCAGACGAAAUCUCUGGGGCUUAGGCAGCAUGUACAAGCUCAAUUGCCUGACUGGUCCAUUGUACUGAGGAUUGUAAUGAAUUCAGACCACUAUAGAAGUCUGGAGUUUUGAGAGAAUGGUAGCAUUUGUAAAGACAGCGAGGAGCUUGGCAUAAACACAGGCAAAGGAGAAGAGCACGCUGCCCCUCUGUGGGUGUUGAUUGAAAACUUCGAUCUCCUCACCCGUUUAUGGUUGAUCUGAAGGAUUUCUCACUUGAUCACCGAGAGUAUUUCAAUUAAGGUCUCCUUAGAUGGAAUGUCAUAAACCAGAAACUUCCAAAGCAUCAAUGUGUGAAUUCCUGUCCCUGCACUAAACCAGAAAGCCCAGCGAUCAGACACCUCAACCCUGGAUCCCACGACUCUACAUUAAAUACUGGAGUAUUUAUUACUCUUCUGUAGGAGAAAGCCUUUGCCAAUGCUUACAAGGAACUCUUUAUACCUGCUUCUCUGGAUCCUGUUUGAUGGAGGUCUCCUAACACCACUUCAGCCACAGCCCCAACAGACUUUAGCCACAGAACCAAAAGAAAAUGUUAUCCACCUUUCGGGGAGACGAUCCCAUUUCCAACGAGUUAAACGUGGCUGGGUAUGGAAUCAGUUUUUUGUGCUGGAAGAGUACAUGGGCUCCGAACCUCAAUAUGUGGGGAAGCUGCAUUCGGACUUGGAUAAAGGAGAGGGCACUGUUAAAUACACGCUCUCCGGAGAUGGUGCUGGCACUGUUUUUACAAUUGAUGAAACUACAGGAGACAUUCAUGCAAUAAGAAGCCUGGAUAGAGAAGAAAAACCUUUCUACACUCUUCGUGCUCAGGCAGUGGACAUAGAAACCAGGAAGCCACUGGAGCCUGAAUCAGAGUUCAUCAUUAAAGUGCAGGAUAUUAAUGACAAUGAACCAAAGUUUUUGGAUGGACCUUAUGUUGCUAGUGUUCCAGAAAUGUCUCCUGUGGGUGCGUAUGUGCUGCAGGUGAAGGCCACAGAUGCAGACGAUCCUACCUAUGGGAACAGUGCCAGAGUUGUUUACAGCAUCCUUCAGGGGCAACCUUAUUUCUCUAUUGAUCCCAAAACAGGUGUCAUUAGAACAGCAUUGCCAAACAUGGACAGAGAAGUCAAAGAGCAGUACCAGGUCCUCAUUCAAGCGAAAGACAUGGGAGGACAGCUCGGAGGACUUGCUGGAACUACAGUUGUCAACAUCACCCUUACUGAUGUCAAUGACAACCCACCUCGCUUCCCAAAAAGCAUCUUCCAUCUGAAAGUUCCCGAGUCUUCCCCUGUUGGCUCAGCUAUUGGAAGAAUAAGAGCAGUAGAUCCUGAUUUUGGAAAAAAUGCAGAAAUUGAAUACAACAUUGUCCCAGGAGAUGGGGGAAAUUUGUUUGACAUUGUCACAGAUGAGGAUACACAAGAAGGAAUCAUCAAAUUGAAAAAGCCUUUAGAUUUUGAAACCAAGAAGGCAUAUACUUUUAAAGUAGAGGCCUCCAACCUUCACCUUGACCACCGCUUUCACUCUGCUGGGCCAUUUAAGGAUACUGCUACAGUAAAAAUCAGCGUGCUGGAUGUGGAUGAGCCACCAGUGUUCAGCAAACCACUGUACACCAUGGAGGUUUAUGAAGACACUCCUGUGGGGACCAUCAUCGGAGCUGUCACAGCACAAGACCUUGAUGUGGGCAGUAGUGCUGUUAGGUACUUCAUAGAUUGGAAGAGUGAUGGGGAGAGCUACUUUACAAUAGAUGGAACGGAAGGAACCAUCGCCACUAAUGAAUUACUAGACAGAGAGAACAUGGCGCAGUAUAAUUUCUCCAUAAUUGCAAGUAAAGUUAGUAACCCAUUAUUAACUAGCAAAGUUAACAUACUAAUUAAUGUCCUAGAUGUCAAUGAAUUUCCUCCAGAAAUAUCUGUGCCAUAUGAGACAGCUGUAUGUGAGAAUGCCAAGCCAGGACAGAUAAUUCAGAUAGUUGGUGCUGUAGACCGAGAUCUCUCACCUGCUGGGCAGCAAUUCUCCUUUAGAUUAGCACCAGAGGCUGUCAUCAAACCAAAUUUUACAGUCCAUGACUUCAGAAACAACACAGCUGGAAUCGAAACCCGAAGAAAUGGCUAUAGCCGCAGGCAGCAGGAGUUGUAUUUCCUUCCCAUUGUAAUAGAAGACAGCAGUUAUCCUGUCCAGAGCAGCACGAAUACAAUGACUAUUCGUGUUUGUAGGUGUGACUCAGAUGGGACCAUCCUGUCUUGCAACGUGGAAGCAAUUUUUCUACCUGUAGGACUCAGCACUGGAGCUUUGAUUGCAAUCCUACUAUGCAUGGUUAUACUCUUAGCUAUUGUUGUGCUGUAUGUAGCACUGAGGAGGCAGAGGAAGAAAGACACCCUUAUGACCUCUAAAGAAGACAUCAGAGACAAUGUCAUCCAUUAUGACGAUGAAGGAGGUGGGGAGGAGGACACCCAGGCCUUUGACAUCGGGGCUCUGAGAAAUCCCAAGGUGAUCGAAGAGAACAAAAUUCGCAGGGAUAUAAAACCAGACUCCCUCUGUUUAUCUCGUCAAAGACCACAAGUGGAAGACAACACAGACAUAAGGGAUUUUAUUCACCGAAGGCUACAGGAAAAUGACGCAGACCCAGCGGCUCCACCAUACGAUUCCUUGGCCACUUAUGCGUAUGAGGGGAAUGGCUCAGUGGCAGAAUCACUCAGCUCCAUAGACUCUCUCACCACAGAAGCCGACCAGGACUAUGACUAUCUAUCAGACUGGGGACCCCGCUUUAAGGUCUUGGCAGACAUGUUUGGAGAAGAAGAGAGUUACAACCCCGACAAUGUUACCUAGGGGAAAAGGAAAGGCUGAUACACAUCUAGAGGAGAAAGUUUUGACAAAAAUAACACAGAUAAAACACAAUCACACACAUACACACACACACACACACACACACACACACUCCCAGAUUUUGCAGGACAAGACUUUUUUUGAUUAUCCAGCUUCUAACAAGUUGCUCUAUUUAUCAUAUUGUCAUUUUGGUUUAUUAUGUAGGCACAAGGUAAAUCCUAUGAUAUGUACUUGCUUUGUUUUGUUUUGUUAUUUCAGAAACACACUGAGACGAGCUCAGGCCUAUUAAAUGCAAUUCACUGACAUGACAACCUAGAAUGAAGAUAGCUAUGUGGCGUCACGGUGGAAGAGUGUAUGAUUUUUCUUAAUUCCACUAAAGUGCCUAUUGAAACUCUUAUCCUUAUAGUGGUGUUCAUAACACUCCGCUGUGGUGGCUUGUCAGGAGUCGAAAAUAAGGAGGAAGAAAGCAGACAGUGUCUCUACGUCAAGAAGCAAUAGUGACAUGCUGACUCUCAGUUCUUUUAAGAACAGAGAAUGCUUCCCAAACUCUAUCUUCUUAUACAGCAAAGCUUUUCCUUUUGUAAAUUGCAAACUAAAACAGAAAGGCUUUUCCAAUCCUUUCAGAAACUGGGAUAAAUGAGACAUUACUAAAUUCCAUAUGUAAGUUAUGAUUUCUAAGAGUGAUGCUUAAGUCAUAGCAUUCAUUCAUGUGAAAGAUGUUAAUUAAGGUGUUAGUUUUUCCAAAAAAAAAAGAAAAAACAAAUAAAAUUAUACUGAAGGAAAUAAAAAGAAUCCCUCUUUAUAAAGAGAGGCCUCGGGGCUCAAAUUCCAACAUCAAAUAAAUAUCGGUUUGUUUAAUUCUAUGCUGGUAUAUGGACAUUGGUUUUAACAAGUCAUUAAAUAAGUUAAGCUUUCAGUGAUAGAUUAAAAUUUCAGCUUGUGUUUCUACUGAAGUUUCUGAAAGGAAAUAAAUUAUUAAUUUAAACAUGAGAAAAUUCAACAUUGUCAUUCUCAGAGUUUCUAUCUAGUGGUUCUUUGAUGAAUGAUUCAAACAAAAUGCAUAUCAAAUACUGUAAUUUAUAACAAGUAUAUAUGCUUGUUCUAUACUACUGAACAAUAAGUCAGGGACUUCAAAAAUAAAACCAAUGACUAAAAUCCCAAAGGGAACAAAACUUCAAUGCCGGGCAGCUGAUUCACUUUCUCUAGUGAUGCGGAUUUUAUCAUUAUGAACUCAGUUAUUGUAUCAGCCCAGAGUCACCUCUUCAUUAUCUCAUCUACAAAUAUCCUCAUGUAAAUUACUCCUUGUAACUCUUCAGAUAAAAUGUCUCCACUUUAUCGAAAUGUCUAAGUGAUGAUAUAAUUCAUGACUAUAUUAGUAAUAAACAUUGUUCACAUCAAUUCAAUAGGAAUUAUACAUCAUUUAGACAUUCACAGGAUACAACAAAUGCAAAUUUACCAUAAAGUAAUAUCUAUUCUUAACAAUGUAGUUGGAAUAACGAACAACUUCUACCUAUGAACACGUUGGAAAAAAUUAAAGUUAAAGAGCUGUGAAUCACAUAUCACUAAUGUCUAAUUUUAUAAUAAAUUUCUGUGACUAUCAUUAUUAUUUGUGCGGCUAUAGAGAUAAAACUCACACACUAUGGAAUCUAAGAAAUUUACAAAAUUAGACAACUUAAUUUUAGGCAUAUUCUAAAAUGCAUAUUUUAAAUUAUUUACGGUAUAGAAAUAUUACCCCUUGUUUCUAUGUUCACCAUUUUUAGACUCUUUUUCUCCAUUUUGGAAUGGGAGAUUCAAUUUUUGUUUUCAGUCAUCACUCCAUACCUCUCUUGUUCCAAUUUUCAUGUAAUAAACAAAUGUAUUUAGUACUUUACAUUUGAGAAAAAUCACUUAUAAUUGCCAUGCUAGAGAAGAAAAAUUAAUGACUUGUUUCUUAUUUCAUUAUGUACAGAUAAUGUCUUCUUGAAGAAGACCACACACUAUUAAGACCUGAUUCUUGUCAAAAACUAUUACACUUUGUAUCUUGACAAGAAAUAAAAUAACCUUCUCAUGAAGUUGCUAGCAGAAGCCAUGAUAACCUAGAGAUUUGAGAGGCUGAUGAUUUUAAACCACAUGACUAUGAAGAUAGUAAAAUAUGCAAUGUGUGGCUCUUAGUUCUCAUCACACUCAUAUCUUUGUAAUACCCUACAUUACUUCAUCAGCUCAAAACAAAUGUUCACAGACAAAGUGAAUAACAACAGUUUAUUUCCUCAGCUCUGAUGGCAGGUUUCCUCUUACCAUCUUCUCCUGGUAGUGGAGAACAUUACCUUUUCUUUCCCACUUCUUCUCAUUUCUGUGCUUAUUUCUGUUUCUCUUCUCAUAAGGACGAUCUUCAUAUUAGAGCAGCAUCUACCCACAGGUCCUCUGUUUGCCUUGUUUAAUAAUAAAGGCCUUACCACCAAGUCCUAUUUGGUUUGGUACUACCGCAUGUGGAUUCAUGCAAUCCCAAUCUCAAUAUAUUAACAGUGUUUAUUUUCUAAAUAGCAUUUUAGUUACAACAAUCAAUGAAAGAAACAUAAACAAGCAGAAUGAUAAAAGUAAUAUAUGAUGUGGAAAGGAGAUCCUUUGGUGCUUAUAAUUAGAGGAACUAUGGUAUCUUUUAGGCUACUGAAAGGACUUAGCCCAGUAUUUCAAUGCCUGUAAUACCUUGGGAAGUUUUUUUGUUGUUGUUGUUCAUAAAACAGGUGUUGACCUUCAUUCAAGCAUUAAGCAAUAUAAAAAUAUUUAAAAUUUGUAUGAAUGAUUUUAGCUAUAUACAAACAGCAAUUUUGUUAUUGGCGUGCAUGUCUAUCUUUAUAGAGAUACAUAUGUACAUGUAUAUAUAUAAAACUUAUAUGUUGCCUUCAAUGCUACUCAAAGAAGUGUAUAGUCAGCAUCCAAAAGUGAAGCAGUGUUGAUUGAUGUACUAAAGAUAAUCUGUGUGUUUUGAACCAUUCCCCCCUUUGACUGAAAACUUCCUAUGGAUCAAAUUACUUGGCCUUCAUUCUUUUAUUUUCUUUAGUAAAACCAGUUUCCUAUAUUCAGUGUUGUGUACAAUUAAUCAGAAAUUUUCUUGUCAUUAAAUUACAGUAAUGGUUGAAGUAUAUCAAAUAGCUUACCUACAGACUAUGCUAAUUUUAAAUGCAAAAAAAUAGAUCAUAGUAUAUAUUUUUUGACUCAUGUAGGGAUUUGAUUGAUCAUUUAUCAAAAAUCACUAGUUCUACUUAGAAAACCACACAAUUAAUUUUUAUCAAUAUACCUGAAAAUUCUUCUGUGAAAUCAAAAGAUGAAAAAGUGUACAGGAAGAGAGACAAAGGAUCCUAAAAUAUGUGAAUGCAGAUGUUGUGUGAAGAUUUUCUUUUUCCUUAAAUAUUAUGCUCAAUUUUCAACACUUGUAGAAAAUCUGGGCUUGACAUGCAGUACCAUGGUGCAAUAGUUAAUUUGCACAAGCUCUGGGUUCUGUCCCAGGAGCCACAAAUACUGGAAAAAAAAAAGAUGGUGACAAUAAUAAACAAAAACCUAAAGCAGAUGUAAAUAUGAAAACAUGUUAUUUUAGUUGAUCUCUGACUAAACCUAUAUCUAAUAACAGAGGUGUUUUAAUUAUUAGCCUCAUUAUAUUACUAGCAAAAAAGACAGACUGUAUUAAAGAGGAUUGUUUACACAAGAUCCUUUGCUUAAUCAUUUUUCUCCUUAGCCUCUAAAAUGUGCUAAUUUCGCUAGCUGCCCAAAACUUUUUGAGAACCAUUGUUUCCUCAAUUCAUUAAAAUCAUUUUGAGGGAAUAAGAAAUUGCUCAGCUUUAAAAGAACCUGCUGCUCUUCAAGAGGAUCUGUGUUCAUUUCCAGAACUCACGUCAAACUGGCUCAGAGUUGUCAUUAAGUCCCAUACAAGGGGGAUUUUAUACCCACUCCUGAGAUUAAAAGACACCUGGCUAGAUAGACAUAUGCAGAUAUCUGCAUCUGAUUAAACACAUAUGCAUGUGAUUGAAAAAAUAUAUUUGGAAAAGUUUAUUCUCUCUCAUAUUCUAUCAUCAUCUCACUGGUGAAAGAGAAGGAUGCUUGUAUCCAAAAUUAAUCAAAGGACAUUCAGUAUUGUGUAUAGGGGAGCUAUUAAUCAUUUUCCUACUCUCAGUAUUAAGAAGUUUCAUGUUAAGUCAGAAUGUACCUAUUGUCAUUCUCAUGAUUCAACACUCACACUUUUAGUAAGGGGGCUUGGUACUUUGUGAAAAUUUCCUUUAUUCUUUCUGAUAGAUUUUGUGGGUUUUUUUUUUUUUGUAAUUUUAAUUCUUGAUGUAUAUAUAUACAUAUAUAUAUAUAUAUAUAUAUAUAUAUAUAUUUCCCAUUUUGUGAUGAUCCUCCCAUUUAUGUCUUUUAGUUAUGAUCAUCUGCACAGGAAUUUUCUGUCAUAUUUUUUAUAUCUCUGUUCUGUUUGUUUUUGUUCUAUUUUAAUAUCAAUACCACAUCUGUUUUUUUUUUUUUUUUUUUAGUUUCUUACUGUUUUAAUUCCAGCGCCUUAUAAAAUUGCAUGUUCAUUUUUCUCUCUAAGUUGAAUGGACAAAGAGUGUAGGGAAAUAAAUCACAGUAUGUUAGAAUUUCCCUGAAAGAUACCUUCGGCGUCAUUCUUUAUUUCAAUUUUGUGCUACGCUCAAAACUUCUAGGUUCAGAAAUAUUUGAGUCCCCUGUGAUAAUCUAGGCUAAUAGAUGGGAGGCUUCUCUGCUUCAACAUGUGAAAACCCACUGUCCAUGUUCACUUUCUUCUCAUCAUUGGGCCAUUGGCUCUCUACUCAUGUACUGCAAGUGUCUGAGUGCUCUAUGGGAUAUGUGACACUUGGCUUAGUGUCAUCAUAAAAUCAUUGACAUGCACCCACACAUCCAUGUGUAUAUAAUACUAAAUUGUAUAAAGCAUUGUUUUAUAGAACACAUUUCUUUAUCAAUUAAAGUUACCAUUGUAGUCUACCACAAGGAGAGGUAUAAACAAAAAUUUGAAAACAUUCUCAUUUUCUGACCUUUCUAGCAAGCACAUUGUCUGUUGUGUUAAAACAACCUCACCGAACAAUUUGUUCCUGUUUAUCUAUGUAUGCAUAAUACAUAUGUGACUGAUUCCAUGUAAGCUGAUAUUUAGUCUUGUGAAAUACCACUGAAUUUCUUUGUUGAUUUUUCCCACAAUUUCUAGUGUCAUGGAUUUUACAGCAAACAGUCUGAUUGGCAAGUUUAUUAAAAGUACUUGGAAUUAUCUAGGAUUUUAAGUUUAUUCUCAUCUGUAUAGCUUUAUUAAAAGUGAAGAAAUAUGGUUCAAAAAUCCCACACACUUGAAUUAGGCUGAGAAAGAAUGAACAAGGGAUAAAAUUCGUUUUAGUGUGAAGACGUAAAUAAAUGUAAUUUCAAUAUCUGUUCUGCGACUCUUCCCGUGAUUAUGUUCCAACUUUUAGGCUAGUAUUUGCUACACUGUGCUUACAAAUGAAGUUGCCAAGAGACUCUGACAGUUCUGGGUCAUAUUUCAGCUCAUCAUUGUACUUUUUUUUUAAAGAAAAAUAUCCAACACACCAUUAAUUUUGUUGUUGAUACCUUACAUAGUAUUUGAAGUGUGAAGUACACAGUGCAUGAAAAAAUAGUUGAAAUGGUACAUCAUCCUAUUACCAGCAGUUUGGAUAUUAGUAAGAAUGUAAAACAAGGAAUGUUUCAAACAUCUAACUCUGGCUUUACCUUUGCAAACUUUCUUAGCCUGAUUAUAUUCAUUGUUCAAUUUCAACCUCCACAAGUCAGCUUUAUCUGAGACCCCACCAUCACUAAACCUGCAAUCUUUUACAUGCAGUUUCCUCUCUCAUGUUCUCCCCUGAUUAUCAUCACUAAAGAACCCAUGAGGAGUUGCUGAAUCCUUGAGAAUGUGGUUACAAAAUGAUGUAAGGUGAUGACUUUUCUUCAGUUUCUGCUGUCUCCUAUCAAAGCAAUGCUUUCUAGUUGUUGAGUACAAUGCUUAAAUUAUUCUUAAUGUAAAAUGACUACAGUAUUUAGAUAAGACAAAUGUUGCUGGAUCUAUUUAGUGUAAGAUUAAAUACAGUUUGGUCUCAUUAGGCAGCACAGAAAAUGUGAUGUAAUUAGCAAGCGGCCAAGCCAGGAUCUUCGCAGAGCUGGGAAGUGCACAUUGCAGACUCUGAUCGGAGUAACCUGCCAUACAAACUGAAGUCCACUUCUCUUGAAGUUCACUAGUAACUCCAUAAUUGAAAGCCUUGGAGCUCCUUGCUUUCAUCUUUCUGUGAUUCAUAUAGAAUUUCAGCAGUCUCCCCUCUCAUCUCCCAAGUACUGCUUUGACUUCCAGCUUCACUUGCUUUUUUUUUUUUUUUUUCAUCUCUGAGACUUUCAUACUUCACACACCAAUAUAAAUCCCACAUUAGAGAUCGCAAUUCCAUUUUCAUUUCGUUGUCAUCAACAUUUGUUAAUUGCUCUCAUCUUAUUUUUUCCAUCUCUGUCAAUAGUAUUGAGAACAUUUUGUUUGUUUUUGCUUUUUAUUUUUUACUUUUAUUUAAAAUAUCCCUUUUCAUGUAAUAGAUCCUGGUUAAGAUUUCUCCUCCAUCUGUGCUUCAAGUUCCUCUAUAUAUCCCUUCCCAUCCAGAUUCACUUCAUUUCAGUCUCUUGUGGGAAAUCAAACAGGCUUUUAAGGUAUAAUAAUAAAACAAGAUAAAAUAUAAUAAAACAAAAACUAACACAUCAGAGUUGGACAAGACAAAAAGAGAACAACAACAACAACAACAAAAAGACCAAGAGAAGGGACACACAUCAGAAACCUGCUGAUCUUCUAAAAAAUUUGUAAAAACACAAAACUGAAAGGCAUAAUACAUACUUAGAGGGUUUGGUGCAGACCUAUUUAGGUACUUGUGCAUUCUGCCUCAACCUCUAUGAAUUCAAGUGAGCUUAUGGUCAUGAUGGUUUAGAGGGCCUUUUUUUCUUGGGGUUCUCCAUUUCCUGUGGCUCAUACACUCUUUAAAUUUCCUCUUCCCAGGAACCAUUGAAUUCUGAGAGGGGAGACAUGAUAGAGAUUUCGAAUUUAGGUCUGAGUGUUCCAAGGUCUCCCAUUCUCUGCUGCAGGUCUCUAUAUUUGUUACAUCUGAUGCAGGAGGAUGCUUCUCUGGUGAUUGAUGAACCAGACACAAAUCUGAGUUGAGCAUAAUGUCCUUAGUAGUCAUUUUAUUGCUACUUUUGUUUUAUAUCAUUAAUAUUUAGCUUGAACUUAAGUCUCCUGACUAUUUUUUCUCUGGUCCCCGCAAGCAGUAUUUGACUUAAGUCAAAUCAGAUCUUAGUUGAUUACUCUCACAAGUUCUGUGCCACUGUUGCCCUAAUAUUUUGCAAGGAGAAAAGAAUUGCAAAUCAAAUGUAUUUUGUCUGGAUUGGUGUUUGUAUAUCUCUUUUGGUUGUCUGCAAAGAACUUUCCUGUACCAAAGAUAUGAGAAUGUAGAUGCCAUGACCCUAUGUAUGUACUAUCCCAGAUUCUCCAUGUUCAAUGUGCUGUUUGUAUACGUGUACCCUUAACAAUAAGACCCCUCGGUCAUUUUGAGUGGAGCUAUCCGUAGUCUUGGCAACCUUGUUUGAAGAUUCCCAUGUGACCAUUUUGACCAGCAACUCAACUAAAUAUAAACCAUUCCUAAUAACAAAAGCCUCAUUUGGUGACAAGAGAUGGCCACUUGGAACUCUGUCUCCCCCACCAUUUGGAGAUUUCAUUUAGAUUGUUUUUAUAUAUGUAUAUAUUUAAGGGAGCUCUUAUUGUAUAAGGUUUUCAUAGUAUAUAUCAAAUGUCCCAUAAUUUUAGUGGUCUCUCCAGAUAUUCCCUCCCUCAUGCCCCUCGCUUCACCCUGACACACUCGAUCGUCCUGUAUCAUUCUCAAUUUCCAUGCACAGCUAUCUAUUCUAUUUCUCUUCCCUAGGGAGAUCUGCCUCUCCAAACCUCAGUCCCUUACUCUAUUCCUAACCUCCAUGUUUUUUUGUAUUGUAGCUUUGAUAUCAUCAACUUUAAAAACAAAGCUAAUAGCACCUAUAAGCAAAUACAUACUAUAUUUGUUUUGUUUUGUUUUCCAUGGGUUUAAGGCACCUCACACAGGCUAAAUUUUCCUUCUAGUUCCGUCCACUGAACUGCAAAAUAUUUAAAGACUUCCUAAAUUCACAUGUAUAUUUGUUUUCAUUUAACCUACAAAUGCCAUAAAAAUAUAUGGAAAUAAACCCAUAUAAAAUCCUUAUUUUUUAUUUCAAAGUCAAUACGUUUAGUUUUCUAGGAUCCUCUUCCUACACUUAGUGUUUCAGUUUUUUCCUGUGCUCUGAACUAGUUCUCCUUCUCUUUACUUCCAUUUUCUUUCUGUCUUCCUCUCACACUUCUUUCUCUUCUUCCAAUACUUUCCUUCUACUCCUCCUCCAUUCCUGUUUUUCUUCACCUUCUUCCUCCCCUUUCUUCCUUUUUCCUCUUCCCUGUUCAGAUACUCCCUGAAAAAUCAUUAAACUUCCACUAAUACAUUGGGGAUCAUUAUUUCUAGGAUUGUUGUUGACUAUGUUACUGCAGUGUUGUAAAUUUCUUCAAAUAAUUAAUGAAAAUAUUAUGAAAAUAAUAUAGGAAUUACCUAUAAGGAGCUUGUGAAACCAGCUUCUCCCAGAUGACAUAUUAUAUCAUCAUGACACAUUUUUCAUAGUUACUGGAUUAGCAUGAAUGCAUUUCAAAUAAAAAUUCAUGAAUUUUGAUAUUUUUCAUUUUUAUGUAAUGUGCUUUUAUUCUUCCACGAUCCCAUCUGCAGUAGAAACACAUGCAGCUUACACAGAUUGUCUCAGACUUCUCAAGAAUGCCAUUUCAUAGGCCUUUGGUUGCUAUUUUCUUGACAAUUUUAUAAUAACAGAUGAUUAGCUCUUGUGUUACAUCUCCUUCACAUUGUGUCUCUGUGAUUUCGUUUUCUUAUGAAUUUCCUGACAAUAAUUACUUUGGAAAGAAAGUUACAGAGAUAUUGUGUCUCAGCGGUACCUUAGCCAAAUGACUGAUGACUCUGACUUCUGCCUGAAGACGAUAGACGGCUUCUUCACUGUUAAUUAAAUAUUCCCAUCAAACUUACUGCAGAAUCUUUCUAUAUUACCCAUACUGAUGAAGGACAGUGAUGUUUCGUGUACUAGGGGAAGAUAAUAAGCAGAGGCUGCAUUCGAAUUAUUCAUGAGUGAGGUAUCUAUUCUGCAUUAAUGAUUAUUCAUUUAUGUUGAUCUAGAUUCAUAUAUUUGGAUUAUCUUACUAUUUUAAGGCAUAUGCAUGUGUGUUCAUGAAUGCACAUGUAUCUGUGUUUACUUUUACACCUUUGUGCUCAUAUAGAGACUAAAAAGUAAUCCUUAGGCAUCUUCUUCAACUGUUCUCAACCUUAUCUUUUGAGAGUAUUGAUUAACCUGAAUUUGUCAACUUGCAUAGACUGGCUAAGAGUUUACUCCAGGGAUUGGUUUGUCUUCACCUUAACACUGUUCUGGGUUGGCCAUGAUACUACCAAGAAAGCAUCUGACCCACUAAGCCACAUCUGCAGCCUCUGUUCUUUUCUUCAUUCAUCAAGCUCUUUCUUUGAGUUUUUAUGGCCCUUCAUGCAAACAUUUCAAUUUUAGCGGUUUGGUUUUUUAACGUGUUUUGAAUUAUACUUUGUACUCUGCUACUUUGAUCUCUGAUGUCAUUCAUAUUUAUUCCUGAAUUGUUUGUACUGCAUCAUUUUCCAAAAGCUUUUAUUUUAUUCUAUGGGAAAGUGGUGUGUGAUCAUUUAAGUAUUCUUGCUACAGUUCUGGAGUGUCUCUGAUGUCCAGUUAUGUGAUAAUGUUUGUCUGUAUCUCUGUGGCUUAUAUGACUUCUCACUACAAAUCAAAGAAACUUAUCUUCCAUCACAUUACAUUGAAGUAGGCAAUUGUAGGCAUAUGUUUAGUAAUUGGUAUGCCAUAGGACCGUGUAAGCUGCCAGUGUCUUGACUUUAGGCAGAGAGGCUAUUCCUUCCCACUGUUGCAUGCUAUAACUACCUUGAAGAGGUAAUUUGAUUCAUUUGUGUUCUCAGUGAAAAUGUCUUUGUUAUUAAUUAGCAAUCUUGAUCAUUUUCUCUCUUAAGGACAUUUUAAAUUCUGUAUGGUACAUUUUUGAGACUUUAGGGGACUCUUAACAUAAAUAUUAACUUUAUUAAAGUACUGUUUAGCCAACAGUAUAAUUUUAACUUCUUCAAAAAGUACUCUGUACAUUUAUACAUUGUAUGUACCUACCCUGAAUUGGGAAACAUGGAUUUAUUUACUCCCUUCACAUUUUCUCUUCUACAGUAUCAUAAAAAAGAAUUAUAGAGGGUAAGGUAUUUAGAGUCUGACUCUUUUAUUGAGCAAUUUGAAUUUCAGACUCAUACAUGAUUUUAUCAGUGUGAUAAUUUUAUGGAAUUGCAUUACAUUGUAUAAAUUUCCCACUACCAUUUCUCUAUUGAAAGAUGUCCUGGAUACUUCAAGCUUUUGUUGAUUUUGAGUAAUAAAGCAUCUAUCAUUGCAUGCUCAGGUCUCGUGUCACCAUGCUCUUAAAUCAUUAAGAAGUUCCAUGGCAAGACUUUACUGCUGAAAUGAGUGGCUUGAUCAUGUUGUAUUGUCCCAAUACUGAUAGGUUUUACUCUCUUAACAGUAUGGGCAUUUCCUGCUUGCUUGUGAUAUCAGUUGUUAUAAUGGGAAUGGAAUAGUACCUUAUGUAUUUUAAAUAUUUAUUUUUCAUGAAAAAUAAUGCUCAUAAUAUAUUCAUUUUAUUAUAUAUCUUGCCCCAUUUAUACUCAGCUUUUCUAAGAUAUUUGGUCAUCUCCCAUUCUGUAUGCUUCAAUAUUUUAUUUUACUUUUAUUUUAUUUUUUAUUAUUUAAUUCUAGGAGUUGUGUGUUUGAGUGAAAGUUCUUGGAUAAAUACAUGCAUUGAAUAUGCUCUUACCAUUACAAACUAAAAAGUACCUUUAAUAAGUCAUAUGGUUUUCAUUUUAAUAGAACAGAUAUGAAUCUUCCAUUGUCACACUUCUUAAUGCUUUAGAUCAAAUCCGUUCUCAAUAAAUAAGUGUGACUUUUUAGUUUUCAUUUUUAUUUUUAUAAGUAUACCUCUGAAGGCAUAGAAGGUAGAAGGGCCUGUAUUGCUUUACAAACAGUGUUAUGGUGUCAGACGCUCCCUUGGGAGUUGUAGUUACGUGUGUUCACAAGCUUCAUGAUGAAGGUGCACAAAGCCAAACUCAGGUUCUCUACAAGAGUACCAAAUAAUCCUCCUAGCAGAUUGAUCUCAACAGCCCAUAAUUUUAAUUUUGAUUUUCUGCUUGUGGUGUUUUCCCACUAAGUUCGUUUCAGGUAUGUUGUAAUGGUGGAGGGGAGCGGCUUCAUUUAAUCUUGACUUCUGAAAUCUUUACUGGAGGAUUCACUGGCAGAGUUCACACAGAUUCUUUUCUGCCUACUCUGUGCAAACUUUAUUGAUCUCUGUUUAUUCCUUUGCAUCUCAAUAUUUUACAAGCUAUUCAAACUUUGACUUUAUAUGGGAAUUUUAGAAAAACUUAUGAGGUUGAGAAAGUAAUUUUCUUAAAUGUUUAUCUGAAUUGUACUGUAUUGAUAAAUGUGGUGAGAAAAAACAUAAGAUUCCAAAGUAUUAAAACUUUUCAUCCAUAGCCACAAACAACUCAAUUAAUGUUAGUCAUUACGUUUUAUAAAUAUUUUUAAAAUAUUCUGUUUAAGAAUUUUUGUUUGUAAAUUUAAUAAUUUAGUGUUCUUUUAUGUGUAUCAUAAAUGGUUCAUUUUUUCUCAUUGUUAUAAUGAUAAAUAGGAAAACAAUUGAUCUUUACUUUAAAUGGCUUUGUAUCUUGUAAUGUGUUUAUCAUUUUAAGAGAAACUUGUAGGCUCUUCAAGCUCUAUGUCAACAUUCAUGUCAUAUUAAAGUGUAGACAUUUCGUUCUUUUGUAA